AUGUCAACUAUUCGAGUUCGUUGUUUAUUACAACAAUGUACAAAAGCUACAUUACGUCUUCAAGAUGAAUCAGAAGUUACUAUUAAUCGUGGUAUGAUUAUAUUUGUGGCUUUUUUUAAAAGAUGCUCAAUGGAUGAUGGGAUUAAAUUAGAUAUUGAUCUUGAAUUUUAUGAUAAACUUAUUUCAAAUUUACGUGAAUUAUGUAGUCAAAAUAAAGAUAAUGUUGUUCAUGCUGGAUCAUAUGGAAUAAAACAAAUAUAUUCAUGUCAAACGAAUGGACCUGGUAUGCAUAUAAUUGAAUUUUAA